AUGGAUAAAAAGGUUUGUUUGAUGCGGCACAGCUCUACUUUUCUUGCCGAAAUAAAUCGAUUGCAGAGCCAGGGCCAGCUCCAAGACGUUACGCUGUCAACCGGAGCGCAGCAGAUUCGGCUCCAUAAGCUGGUACUGGCGGCCGCCAGCCCGUAUUUCAGGGCGCUCAUUUGCAAAACGCCCUCACCGCAGCCCAUCUUCACCGUGGGGAUACCGUACCAUGAUCUGCGCGUGAUCGUCGACGCCUUGUACCAGUCUAAGGUGGAGAUCCCUGUGGCGCAGCUCAGUUCCGUGCUGAACUCGGCAAACAAGUUGCAGAUCCGCGUCUUGGUGCAGGAAACGUCCCCCCGUGUUCCGAACAAGCGUCCAGCGUCCCGGAUGGAGGCCGACGACCCGUUCGGGCCUGGUAGCUCCCGGAAUUGCUCCGCAAUAGUGAGUUCAUCCACUUCGCCCACCCCGGUUCCCAUCAAGCGUCCGCCAUCCCGGGCCGACGACGAUGCACAGCCCGGUCCGUCCGGGCUCGGACGCUUCUGGAAUCGCUCCGCGCUAGUGGGAGCGGGAGUUUCGGUUGCCGCGGAGCUGCCCAACCUGGUUACCAUGAUGCAGCGUACGUGCGUGAUUGGCGAUGCGCCUCAGCGUGUUGAGGAUAAGAUGGAAAUUCAGCCGGACGCGGAGAUCGGGAAAGCGGUUCAGCGUGAGGGGGAAAAAGGGGGAUCGGAAGAGAAGAUGGAUCUCGACGUGCCGAAUCCGAAAAUCGCUCGAGGAUCAGCUUCAACGGAGAACGACGGCAAGAAGUAA